AUGUCACGUCCUCAAUCUCCAACGGACGAUGUGUACAACGACCCUGACGGCUAUGAGCUGCAAAUCGCUAUUGACCAGCUAGCGGCUGGUUCAUCGGAAGCAUUGCGACUGUAUCUAGCUCGUAAAAACGGCCUCGAUCCCGCCACCGCAUCACUUAGUUCAUCGCCGUUCAAGAGAACCGACGAUCCGAAUGUCACGUACGCAUAUGCCGGAAAACUAGACAAUACCCAGGCACCGGGAGAUGAGAAGAUGCACGACCCCAGUGCAGAGUUGAACAGACCGGACGUCAUGUUCGACGACACAGACAUACCCUUUAAUUAUGAGCCGUUAGACCCCGAGCUUCGACAAAUUCGGCUCCUAAAACUGGGUGCCCCUGACGAGGAUGGCGUCAUACGCGAAUUGCAGGUCGAAACCUUUUACCUUGAUGAUGCUCCCCCUUAUUUCUGUCUCUCGUAUGUUUGGGGAGAUCCCGAGCGAUUCCUUGCGGUGAAUUGCAACGGGAAGAUGAUCUCCGUGACGCAGAAUCUUUAUCAUGCGUUGCGAACUUGCCUUAACAGACACCCUACCACGUGGUUCUGGGCCGAUGGUAUUUGCAUCAACCAAGACGACAUUGUCGAACGGAGUCAACAGGUUCUGCUGAUGGGCAAUAUCUAUAAGGGGGCAAAGCUGGUUCUUGCCCAUCCUGGUCACUACCAAUACGAGCGCCGCAAGCCUGAGGACGAUGACAGCAGGGAGGAAGCCACGUUGGAAGACCGUAUGGGAGGUCUGGGAGUUCAGGAUAUGAUGAGCUUCGGUAUGGAUGAUCCAGCCGAAGAUGAAGCCACUCCAGAAACUGAGAAACCAUAUGGGCUAUCGGACUUUGCACUAGAGCCUGUAGACGAUGCCUACAGCCCCGAAAGCGUUCAAGGUGCCAUCAGCAUUAUGACAUUCAUGACUCAUAUCUGGGAAGACCAACGCCGAGACAACAUCAUGUCAGACAUAGAGUGGGACAAAGUCGGUCUUCCAGAUACGGAAACGGAAGAGGGCCGGGAGACGUGGAACAAGUUAGUUCGUUUCUGGGUGACCGACUGGUACUUCCGCACAUGGAUCCUGCAGGAGGUCAUUCUGGCACCAAAGGUAGUCGUGCUCUAUGGAACAGCAGCUAUUAGCCUGGAAGCAAUCACGGACUUCUGGGAUCUUGCGAGACUUCAUGGCCUUCCAAGGCCACUUCGAAUCGGCAUGUAUGCUGAAGUCUUCAGUAUGGUUAUGCAUCUAAGUCCCGUAAGCUCCUUCAAGUUGCUACGAGACCGCGGACAGGGAUUUAGGACAUCACCAGCGAUUGCCGAUACAGAAACUGUGGUGGAUGAGGCUGUGGAAGGAAAUUCUCCUCUCAAUCUCCUGGAAUUGCUUUGUUUGACGAGGAACAACCUGGCGACUGAUGCUAGAGACAAGGUUUAUGGCCUUCUCGGACUCACUGACGACCCUGUCGCUCAGUCUAUCAUUCCCGACUACUCCUCCCACAAUACCCCAGACAAAGUCUUCACUGAGGUUGCGAGAGUUAUGAUCGAAGCUGGUCACGCUGUUGACCUCCUACACCACGCCGGCAUCAAUCAAGGCAUCUCAGACCUUCCCUCCUGGGUGCCUGAUUGGACGAUUCAGUCUCGCUCUACUUUAUCCACCCAGCUCUAUCACUGUAUGCCCAACACGUCUCUCAAGAUAUCACUAUCAGCCUUGGAUGAUGCUCCGAAACUCGCUGUGCGAGGGAUGAUCCUGGAUCGAGUCAACUUCGUGGGGCCAUCGUGGAAAUAUUACAUUCACAAUCAAACUGACAAUACAUUCAACCUUUUCGAGGGUGCGCCAGAUCUAGAGAUUCCACCAUUUAACGAUGAAGAUUCUCGAAAUUUCAUCCUCACCUUCGCGACUAUUACGACUCAAGACGACCUCAAAGAGCGAUACACCGACGAAGGUCUCAAUGACGCGGUUGUGAGGACCCUGGCGAUGGAUCGAUCGUGGCAGGGCACAAGGAUUGGGCCAAGACACAAUGCAGAGGAAGUCAGGGACGAAGCUUCCAGUCUCGUUACGAGCAGAAAGGACAGCGAUAAUUCUCCCGAACUAGUAUCGACAUCGAAAGAAUUUUUCGCAGGCGUGGACGCCUUCCGGCGCUUCUACGCUCAGGGACCGAACGAAGAGGAUGAUGAGCACGCGCCAGGUAUUCGCGUGCACCAGACGGCGAUAUUCAAAUGGCUGCUUGACUUCGACGUCGAUGUCGAGGCAGACCUUCAGAAACGCAUGGUCCCCUUCACUGUCCCUUUUCAAGAAGCUCAACGUGGUCGACGAUUUGCGACGAUUGGUACAAGGGACCACAAGAACGAAGAGGAUUUUAAAAAAGAUGCGGCUAUCUUGGAAGAAAAGCCUGGCAGGGUGUUAUUUGACACGAAGCCUGUGGACCAUCAUUACAUGGGCACUGUUCCGUGGAAUGCUCAGGUCGAGGAUUACGUGGUACUCCUCGAGGGAUUUAGGACACCAUUUGUCUUGCGAAAAGUCCCCAAUGAUGAUGAAUCGGGCGAUGGAGAUAAAUUCCAUAUCAUUGGCGAUUGCUAUGUGCACGGCAUCAUGGAUGGCGAGCUUUUGAGACCGAUUGACAGCCUCAAAGAGACAUUGAAGGCCGAGCAAGUCGGAGUCGACGCCGAGGGAGAAGAGUAUGUUGUGAAGGGCCUUGAAGGUUACCUACACUUCCAAGACUUCGUCAUUGUGUAG